AUGGGCUGUGGAUUCUCCAGCUUGAAGGGCGAGGAUGUGCCCGCCGUGAACAAUCCCCCAACUACAGAGAUAGGCGAGCCUGCACGAAGGGUAAACACAAACUUCUCCACCGUCGAUUAUGACCAGGAUUCGCGAGGCAGGCGUAUGACAGAGUAUGCACCGGACGAGACUGUCAAGCCAAAGCCGAGCCGUUCGAGGCAUUCAACCACAGAGCCAGAUCAGCCAUCUCCGCAACUCGGGCGCGCGGAGGAUGAUGGGCCAGCAGGACCACAUGGGAGCGAGACCAAUACGGCUGCCAACGGCGAGCUGUCAGCCCAGCACGGUCCUGUUACAGCCAGCUAUCCUCAUGAGGUGUCGCGGCCCCAGGCGGCGGACGCUGAUGGCGAUUUUAAACUGAAGCCGUACCAAACGCUCGACGGCGGCGACUGGGACUCCACCACUGUCGAGGCAGCCCAGACACGUCCGCAUGCCAACGGUGAACCGGCAAGUCAGGACCCCACAUCGUCGCUUGCCAAAGACGAAUUCGCUACGUCCAACGACCCUGCAAACCCGGUGAACCAGGAGUCCAAGCACCGAAAUUCGAAGAAACAUUCCUCCUCCGAUAACGAGACCGCGGGAGCACGCAAGAAGUCCUGGCUGGGCCAGAAAUAUGCCUCGUACCAGCAAUCCAAGCAGGGCCGGGGCGUCCAGCUUUCGGACGAGGAGCUGAAGAAGUACACGGGGAAAGACCACGCCGAGCUCAAGGAAUGGGCGAAGACUCACCCGGGAGUCGCUGGAAACCAAGGCUCCGGUAGGAUCGGGACGGAUUCGGCUAUGGCGAGCAGUGCGCCGUACGUUGCUGGUUAG